UUCUUCUUCUUCUCCUCUAUAAACGAACAACACAGGCAAAGACUUAAAUCCCUUCUUCCGGUUCCCCAAAUCUGCAUCGCUUCACCCAAAUCCCUCCCCUCUCACCAAAAAUCAUAUUCCCCUUCCAUACUUUAUUCAUCUUCAAUCAACUUCUUCCUCUCUUCCUCGACUCCAUGGUUGAAAAAUCACCUUUAUGGUUGCUAUCCAUGGCCCAUGGGGGUUAUUUUGGAACAGAUUGAGGCAGAGCAUGGCGCGGUUCGAGACGAGGCCAAGGGAAAGGUGCACGAGGAACCUAGAUCUGUCUUCGAAGGCAGAGUUGUAAGAAAGUUUCGGGGGGUCGACUCUUGGCACAACUUGUGGCGUAAGUCGCAGGGGAGCUCGAGACGGACGAAGCUAGAGGUUCCUGACCGGCAAGGCUAGCUACCUAGAAAGGAUCCUAUCCCCAUCAAUUUCGUCACUUUUUUCAGAUGAGGGGGCAGAAAGGCGAUCGCUAGGUUUUGGGAUUUGGGAUGGGUUCUAGAGAUGGGAUUUGGGAUGGGUUUGUGGAGAUGGGAUUUGGGAUGGGUUUGUUUCUUAUUUGUUGCUGACGAUGGCGCCAGCAACGGCGAUACAAUGAGGAUUCUUUCGUGUGCGUUGCUGAUGUCUCAUCUGACUCCUGCAAGGAAAUGGCUAAGAGAAGAGUAUUUGUAAGGAGACUGAAAGACUUAGCAAGGGGCACAUUAUGAUGUCAUUGUUUCUGCCUUUUAUAGCAGAACAGAAGCCGCUUUCACUUGGCAUGCUUUGUCUCAUCAUUUCGAUCUACAAGAUGAAGUGCUGAAGUGAGGUUGUUUUCGUCACUUAUAUAAGUUGCAACUAUGACGUAAUUUUUGACUUAGGUGUUUCAUGAUUUAUUUCGUUAGGAAAGCAAGUGUAUUUGUAAUCUAUUUAUAUUUUCAUUUCAUUGUAAAACAUCAUUUGCAAUUACUUUCUUUUGGCUAUUAAGGAGAUAUAAAGUGCU